UGCGGGGACGCUUCAAUAGCCUCGGCCUGAGCCUUGACUCUGUCGCCCAGCGUUAAGGGGGGGACUUCCUGGGUCUCCUUCCUCCUUGGUGGCAUCCUGGGCGGCCACCGUGGAGCUGGGCCAUUAGAUGGUUUGGGUUGGUGUCUGAGGCGUCUCAGAGCAUUUUCUCUCUCUCAGGUUCAGGGUCUAACUAUCCCCGUGUUUGGGGUCAGGCAGAGAGUUCCCCCAGGUCAGAUUGGCAGUGACUUCAGCAUUUGGGGUUUUUUUUGCCUUUCCCGGGAGUGUGGGUCACUUGCUAGGAUUAUCUGGGUAUAUCUCAGUCACUUCCCUGCCAUUGCAGGGGCCUCAGGCGUUGGUCCACCUCAGACUAUGUGUACGCUACCGGGAUCUUACAGUGGAACAACUGUACCGCUGCAGCUGUGCCGCUGUAAGGUCUCCUGUGUAGCUGCUCUAUGCUGGCGGCACACAGCUCUCCUCCUGGCAUAAUUAAGCCACCCCAAUGAACGUCUCGCACCGACAUAGUGCUGUCCACACUGGCACUUGUCAGUGAAAUGUAGGUUAGUCAGGGCUGUGGUUCCCCCCCCCAAUCUCCUUGUCCAACAAAAGUAUUACUGACAAAAGUGCUAGUGUAGAUAUAGCCUUAGUCCCUCCUAUUCUCUGCCUGUGACAACACAUAGUCUAGUCUCCUGUGGGCAGUAAUAUUUUGGUCAUUGAGUUUAGUGUGGGGUUCUGGGUGAUUGUGGUGGUCUGUGAUAUACAGGAGGUCGAACUAGAUUAUCUGGUGGUCCUUGCAGGCCCUUAAACUAUGACUGAUAUUCAGAGACCCAAGUUCAAGACCCUGUUGCAAUAACUCUUUAUUAAUAUAAAGUGAAACAGCUUCAACAGGACAGAUUGAGAGACCCACCCAAGAAUACCUACCAAUCAGUGGGCACUCAUCUGAGACAUGGGAAACCUCUGUUCUCCCCACCUCAGGCAAAGGGGAAAGUUUGAAUCCAGGAUUCCCAAAGCCUGGGUAAAUGCCCUGCCCACUAGGCUGAAGUUUAUAAGGGGAGACUCAAUCAUCUUGUCUUCAUUUUGUUUUGUUUGUUGCAAGAAAGAGCUUAGGUGGGGAGAAGGUUCAUGGCCUUGAAUCCCAAGCAAACAGAGGUGCCUCCCUCCAACCCAGAAUUACAUGCUUAUGUUUCUUUGAGGAGGGGGGCCAACUGAAUUUUUAUCUGAAAUAAUUAAAAUAUAAUGCAGUGUAAAAUAGAACAUCUUUAAUAGUAAAAACAUUCAAAGGCAAUUGUAAAACUGUACAUUUAUACUUAGUGCUUGAAGAGUGCUUUGUUUCCAGAGCAUUUUACAAAGAUUAUAGAUUCAUAGAUCAAUUCAAAGGCAAUUGUAAAACUGUACAUUUAUACUUAGUGCUUGAAGAGUGCUUUGUUUCCAGAGCAUUUUACAAAGAUUAUCACAGCACCCCAUGCAGUAGGCAGAAAAAUGUUGCCGACCACUUCAGUUAGUUCCCAAAACCAGGGCAAUGGUGCGUUAAACUCCAGGGAUGCAGCGAGACAUACAGCGGGUGCAAAACGCUACAAAUACCUGAGGAGGCUGCUUCACUUCCGGCAGAUGGACUUUGAGUUUGCUGUUUGGCAGAUGCUCUACCUGUUCACUUCACCACAGAGAGUUUAUAGAAACUUUCAUUACCGGAAACAAACAAAGGACCAGUGGGCAAGAGAUGAUCCUGCUUUCUUGGUAUUGCUGAGUAUCUGGCUGUGUGUUUCUACUAUAGGAUUUGGAUUUGUGCUGGACCUGGGAUUUUUUCAAAUGAUAAAGCUACUUCUUUGGGUUGUGUUUAUAGACUGUGUAGGCGUUGGCCUUCUAAUAGCAACUUUAAUGUGGUUUAUUUCUAAUAAGUACUUGGUAAAGCGACAGAGCAGAGACUAUGAUGUGGAAUGGGGAUAUGCCUUUGAUGUUCAUCUGAAUGCUUUCUAUCCACUUCUAGUCAUUUUACAUUUUAUCCAACUGUUUUUCAUCCAUUAUGUUAUCUCAACAGCCUCAUUCAUGGGAUAUUUUGUUGGGAAUACAGUAUGGCUGAUUGCAAUUGGUUAUUAUAUCUACAUAACAUUUCUAGGGUACAGUGCAUUGCCAUUUUUGAAGAACACAGUUAUUCUUUUGUAUCCAUUUGCACUCUUAAUUCUGCUAUAUGUGCUCUCAUUAGCACUGGGAUGGAACUUCACUAAGACACUUUGUACUUUCUAUGAAUUCAGAGUGAAAUAAAAACAGGACUUCAUAUUUCUCUACUGUGUAGUUUCUUAGCUGCUGACAGUAUGAACAUCUAAGAUCUCGUUGUAAAUUUUCUUUGUAGAUAAGUGUAAAAAGCUUGACAUGUCUAUUGCAAUUUUUAAUGAUUAAAAUAUUUACAAACAAACAUUAGUAAUUCUGUAUGAACACUUUUGCAGUACAUUCCUCAAGAUAAACUACCUGUACAUUUUUGUAAUAAAUCUAACUAUGAAUAAGUUGAA